CCGCCUCUCGCUCGCUGCAGGGAUCAAAUCUGCACCAUCUGACGCUCAAGGAUUUAUGGGUUUAGUCAAAAUUGCUUUUCCCACUGUGGAGAUUAAGCACCGGAGGAUGUAGGAUGUUUUCCACUCGGCCCGUAUAGAAUAACCCAGUCAGUGUAGCGUCGCUUGUUUUUUGUUUUUUUAACUCCCCACGUAGCAGCUCAGACGCUGGCUGAUGGGAAUGCCCGAGGAAGUAGUUGGAGCCCAGGCGGGGAGCAGCACCUUCUGACUGACGGGAGAGAGCCGAGCGAAGUUUGUCCUCCGGGGAAUGUGAGCCAUGCGGGUGGAUACUCUCCUUGUGUUCUUUGUGGGCGCUUGCCUGGCGGGCGCCGCCGGGAGCACGGCUCGGUGGCGGGGUCACAAGCUGGAGACCUUCCAACAAAGCAGGUCCCGAAGAGAAACAAGAAUGGAAGGAGGUUCCGGUCACAAAACAGGAAGGGUUAUAAUUCACAGCCCAAUUUACAAGAGAAGCCCUGAUAUGACCAAAUCCCUGAUGACCAAAUCGGAGCAGCUCCUCAGAAUAGACGACCACGACUUCACCAUGAGGCCUGCCUUCGGAGGUCCUCCGAUUCCUGUCGGAGUUGACGUUCAGGUGGAAAGUUUGGACACCAUCUCUGAGGUGGACAUGGAUUUCACCAUGACGCUUUAUCUACGUCAUUACUGGAAGGAUGAACGCCUGUCCUUCCCCAGCACUAACAACCAGAGCAUGACCUUCGACAGUCGCCUGGUGAAGAAGAUUUGGGUCCCCGAUAUGUUCUUUGUGCACUCCAAGCGCUCUUUCAUACACGACACCACGACGGACAACGUCAUGCUGAGGGUUUAUCCUGAUGGCAACGUCCUGUACAGCCUCAGGGUCACGGUCACCGCCAUGUGCAACAUGGACCUCAGCCGCUUCCCUCUGGACACCCAAACAUGCUCAUUAGAGAUCGAGAGCUAUGCCUACACAGACGAUGACCUGAUGCUUUAUUGGAAGAAAGGCAAUGAAUCCCUGAACACGGAUGACAGGAUAUCGCUGUCCCAGUUCCUCAUCCAGAAAUUUCACACCACCACCAAGCUGGCUUUCUACAGCAGCACAGGCUGGUACAACCGCUUGUACAUCCACUUCACCCUGCGGCGUCACAUCUUCUUCUUCCUGCUGCAGACCUACUUCCCCGCCACACUCAUGGUCAUGUUGUCCUGGGUGUCCUUUUGGAUCGACCGCAGGGCCGUCCCUGCCAGAGUCCCCCUCGGCAUCACCACUGUCCUCACCAUGUCCACCAUCAUCACCGGGGUCAACGCCUCCAUGCCGCGAGUGUCCUACAUCAAGGCGGUGGACAUCUACCUAUGGGUCAGCUUUGUCUUCGUCUUCCUGUCGGUGAUCGAGUACGCCGCUGUCAACUACCUCUCCACCGUGCAGGAGCGCAAGGAGAGGAAACUCAGGGAGAGGCUGCCCUGCACGUGUGGCAUUGGCAACCCGGACGACAUGAUGAUCGACCCAAUGAUCACCGGAUACGGGACCAUGGACGUCAACAGCACCGGGAAUUACGGCAUGCCGGAGAACGGUGGGCGGCAGGAGCGGAUUCUGGCUCAAGUGGCGCUGAACGAUCCGCAGCUGACGGGCCAGGUGAAGCCCGCCAGGGGCUACGUGAACAUUUGGAUCGACACCCACGCCAUAGACAAGUACUCGCGGGUCGCCUUUCCCGGGGCCUACAUCCUCUUCAACAUCAUUUACUGGUCCAUCUACUCGUAAGGAUCCUCCACGACACAGAGCGCCUUUUUAUGCUGGUGAAAUUGUGAGGAACGCCGCUGCCGCACGAGGACCACUGCCUUCUCAACCCGGCCUUUUGACAACUGCGGAGUCAUGCUGUAACUACAUCAUCACACUGUUUAUGGACAGACUUUUGCUGUGGCUUGAUGUUUCCUCCUUCUCUGAGAGGUGAGCGCCAUUCACAAAGGGUAGUUACUGUUCAGAAAGACGUACCGUCACCUCCUUUGGCAUCUUGGUAAUCAGGGAUGCAACACCUUGAAUGGCAAUCAGUAACCAAACAUUUUGAUUGGCAAUCAGUAACCUAACACUAUGGUUGGCAAUCAGUAACACAACACUUCAAUUGUCAAUCAGUAACCAAACACUAUGAUUGGAAAUCAGAAACGCAACACUUUGAUUGGCAAUCAGUAACCCAACACUAUGGUGGCAAUCACUAUUGCAACACUUCAAUUGUCAAUCAGUAACCAAACACUAUGAUUGGCAAUCAGUAAUCCGACACUUUGAUUAGCAAGCAGUAACGCAACACUUCAAUUGUCAAUCAAUAACCAAACACUAUUAUUGGCAAUCAGUAACGCAACACUUUGAUUGGGAAUCAGUAACCCAACACUAUGGUUGGCAAUCAGUAACGCAACACUUUAAUUGACAAUCAGUGAUCAAACACUAUGAUUGGCAAUCAGUAAUCAAACACUAUGAUUGGCAAUCAGUAACGCAACACUUUGAUUGGCAAUCAGUAACUCAACACUAUGGUUGGAAUUCAGUAAUGUAACACUUCAAUUGUCAAUCAGUAACCAAACACUAUAAUUGGCAAUCAGUAACCCAACACUUUAAUUAGCAAUCAGUAAUGCAACACGUCAAUUGUCAAUCAGCAACCAAACACUAUGAUUGGCAAUCAGUAACGCAACACUUUGAUUGGGAAUCAGUAACCCAACACUAUAGUUGGCAAUCAGUAACGCAACACUUUAAUUGUCAAUCAGUAAUCAAACACCAUGAUUGGCAAUCAGUAACGCAACACUUUGAUUGGCAAUCAGUAACCCAACACUAUGGUUGGCAAUCAGUAAUGCAACACUUCAAUUGUCAAUCAGUAACCAAACAAUAUAAUUGGCAAUCAGUAACCCGACACUUUGAUUAGCAAUCAGUAACGCAACACUUCAAUUGGCAAUCAGUAACCAAACACUAUGAUUGGCACUCAGUAACGCAACACUUUGAUUGGGAAUCAGUAACCCAACACUAUGGUUGGCAAUCAGUAACGCAACACUUUAAUCGUCAAUCAGUAAUCAAACACUAUGAUUGGCAAUCAGUAACGCAACACUUUGAUUGGCAAUCAGUAACCCAACACUAUGGUUGGCAAUCAGUAAUGCAACACCUCAAUUGUCAAUCAGUAACCAAACACUAUAAUUGGCAAUCAGUAACCCGACACUUUGAUUAUCAAUCAGUAACGCAACACUUCAAUUGUCAAUCAGUAACCAAACACUAUAAUUGGCAAUCAGUAGUGCAACACUUUGAUUGGGACUCAGUAACCCAACACUAUGGUUGGCAAUCAGUAACGCAACACUUUGUUGUCAAUCAGUAACCAAACACUAUGAUUGGCAAUCAGUAAUGCAACACUUUGACUGGCAAUCAGUAACCCAACACUAUGGUUGGCAAUCAGUAAUGCCACACUUCAAUUGUCAAUCAGUAACCAAACACUAUGAUUGGCAAUCAGUAAUGCAACACUUUGACUGGCAAUCAGUAACCCAACACUAUGGUUGGCAAUCAGUAAUGCCACACUUCAAUUGUCAAUCAGUAACCAAACACUAUGAUUGGCAAUCAGUAAUGCAACACUUUGACUGGCAAUCAGUAACCCAACACUAUGGUUGGCAAUCAGUAAUGCCACACUUCAAUUGUCAAUCAGUAACCAAACACUAUGAUUGGCAAUCAGUAACGCAACAAUCAGUUGAAAUGUUCUUUUUCAGCACGUUCGACGUGCGUCUCCUUGUGACUUUUGUAUCGCCGUGACGCUAACUGCAUUGCAUCCUUGUGAUUCCACGUUUCAUUUCAAAACAAAAAAUAUAUAAUUUGCAAGUGUAAAAGAAAAAUAAAUCUCAAGCAUUGACUUUUGUUUCU